UUCACUUUCGUACCACCAUCUCUCUUUUCCUCUCUCUCUCUCUUACACAAAUACACACGUAUAUAUAUACACACACAAAUACACAAACAUAUAUAUGAAGAUUAUAAAGGGAACAUUUCUCAGGGCAUGCUCUAAAAAGUGGAGAAAGAUGGGAAGUAGAGUCAUACCUUCUGCAGUCUGUGAGUACUGCUAUCAAUGGGCUCUAUGGCGCUCCACACAAGAAGAGAACACUAUUCCAAGAGAUGUCCCAAAGGGUCACUUGGUAGUCUAUGUAGGUGAACAUCACAAGAGAUUUGUAGUAAAAAUCACCUUACUCCAGCAUCCACUCUUCAAGGCAUUGCUGGAUCGGGCUCGGGAAGAAUAUGAUUUCACUGCUGACUCAAAACUCUGCAUCCCGUGUGAUGAGAAUAUCUUCCUCAGUGUUGUUAGAUGUGCCACAGCUCCACAUGAUCGAAGGAUUUCUCUGUGCCUUUGACGGGGUCCAUCAAUGAAGCUCUUCUUAUAUUUGAUUCAUGAGGUUAACUACUAAUAUAGAACAAUAUAUAUAUAUAUAUAGCCAUAACCUGUUGUAGAUUAUGCUGAAUUGUAAUGUAUAUUCACUUUCCUAUAAAUGUAUUUCGAUCAAGGAUGGUGAAAAGCUAUUCUACUCAUCAUUUAUCCUUCUCAUCUGUUCAAAGUGUAAAAUGCAACUAAGCCAGUCAAAUAUGUAAAAAUUUUGCCUAUGUUAUUGAA